AUGUCAUCGCUACGAGCCUCGAGACCUAUUAAAGGAUUAUUGGGGAAAAUGGAGAGUUUGUCAUGUUCCGUUCCGCUGAAGCACUCUUUCCAAGGUCAUCGAAGGACACCAAAACCUCCCCAAUCCUUGACUGAUUUCUUCGUUCGUUCGCGCACCACUAACAAUUCUUUACCGCCGCCAACCAUGCGAUUCCAAACCUGGCCCUUCCUCAUUGCUGAACUGGUGCAAUUUACUGCAGCCGCCAACAUCACCAUUCUCGGGCAAGGGGACCUGCACCAAGAUACCGCAGAUUCCUUUCUAUCCUGCCUCAACGCAACCGGCGUUCGCUACCGGCUAUAUAUCGACGCAGGUAGUACGGUCGUCCUUCCGCCCGGAAAUCGCACACUUGAUACAGGCGGAGUCGAUGAGUUCCUGUUGCACUGCAUGAUGAUGGCAUGUGGGACAAUGGAUAUUGCGGCGGAGGACACAGACGAGGAUAACGAGGAGCAUAUGGCCAGUGUUUACGCGUCCAUUGUGACUUACGACUGGCUCGUCGAUCAAGGUGCUCGGGGCUUACGUGCGAUUGGUACCAGGCCAGCUAAGACCCUGGAGGAUGUUUUCGUUCGCGAUGAGGAGACCGAUCGGCGCCAUGAUAUCCAGUUUCAGCCCAAAACAGCCAUGUCGAACUGUGAGGGCUCAAAAAAUCCAAUGUAUAUACAUUGUCUCCUAAUGGCUGCCGAAUUAGCUGGCUCGAAAAGACUACUAUCCAUAUUGAAACCAUUUUUGAUAUGCCUGCUGUUUGUAUACCCUGCACUAGGAAUCAAAAAACCGGUAGCUUUUAUCAAAUUCGAAAGUCACGUAUGUGUCGCGCAGGUUAAAACGAGUCAGUCAACCCUAUUUUGUAGGCGACUCCCGGCAAAGGGCUUUGCCACUCCAGGAACUGGAACGCCAAGGUUCCCCGAUCUCGACUCCAACCCCAACUCCACAUUUGCCGUUGCGGGGAACCGAAAGUUGGGAGCGGACAUGGGAAUACAGAAUGAGGGGCUAGAAGCUCCAAACGAGCUGUCCAACGAGCAUGACGAACACCUCCAGCCACCAACCGAGGCUAGUUCAGAGACACAGCCGAUGCCCAACGGAGGACUGGAAGGUUGGCUCAGUGUACUGGCGGGCUUCUGCGUCUUUGUCAACUCCUGGGGCCUUAUCAGCUGCUAUGGCGCUUUCCAGGAAUUCUACCAAACCGUCCUCCUCCCGGACGAAUCACCUUCCACGAUCUCCUGGAUCGGUAGUAUCCAGGCCACCCUGAUCGUGAUGGUCGGUAUGGUGACCGGCCCCCUAGUGGACUCAGGCUACCUCCGACCCUUGAUCGUCAGCGGAUCCUUCCUAGUCGUAUUCGGGAUGAUGAUGCUCAGCCUAGCAACAGAAUACUACCAGGUUCUUCUGGCACAGGGCUUCUGCGUCGGAAUAGGUGGUGGCAUCACCUAUAUCCCAGCAAUGGUAGUCAUCUCCUCGCAUUUCACCACCAAGCGUCCCAUAGCCAUUGGCUGCGCUUCUAUCGGAUCCAGCGUCGGUAGCGUCAUCUUCCCCAUUCUCUUUCGCCAAGUCCAACCCAUCAUCAAUUUUGCCUGGAGCGUCCGCUGCAUCGCUUUCAUCAACCUCUUCCUCGCCCUCAUUACCUGCGCUAUCCUUUGCCGUCGACCAGGCAAGAAAACCCGCACGAGAAGCCUCAUCGAACUCAAAGCCUUGACUCACCUCCCCUUCAUGCUUCUCUCACUCUCCAUGACCUGCGUCAUGCUCGCUUACUACGUCCCUAUCUUCUACAUCGCCACCUACGCCCGCUCCGCCCUCAACACCCCCACCAGCCUCUCCUUCUACCUCGUCUCCAUCACGAACGGCGCCUCCGCCUUCGGCCGCACAGUACCUUACUUCCUCGCCUCGGGAGGCACCCGCAUCAAACCCAUCUUCAUCCUGAUCGCCUUCGUCGCGGCAGCCGCAGUAGUCAUGUUCACCUGGAUCGCGACGACAAACACGGCGGGGUUCAUCGUCUGGGCUUGUUACUGGGGUUUCGUGAGCGGGGUGCUGGUCACAGCUCCGACUUCCAUUGUCGCCCAUAAAGCAUUCUGUCCUGAUAGUGACUUCCUCGGGACGAGGAUGGGCAUGAUGUGGGGGAUUAGUUCGUUUGGGUCGUUGGUGGGCACGCCUGUUGCAGGGGCGUUGGUGAACUUGGAAACGGCGGACUUUGUUCGUGCGCAGGUGUUUGCGGGUUGUUUGAUGGUUGGGGCGGUCGUGUUGCAGGUUUGGCCGGUUGUUUGUGUGGUUAGAGUGGAUAGAGGGGCGGGGAAGGUGCAAUAG